AUGGAGAAGCAAAUGACUCAGAUGGAAGCUAAGUUUGAGGCUCAACAAAGACAAUUUGUGGUUUUUCUUGUUAAAAUGUGUGCAAUGGGUAUGCUUAUUCCCAAACCAGCUCGCAAAAACAUAGAUCCACUUCAGGUUGAAAAGGUACUUGAUGCAUCUAGUACUCAUAAUAUAAACUCUCAUCGAUCAUCGAUGAGGAGUGAGUCAAGAAGUCCGGCAGUGCAAGACAUAGAGUUUCAAGGUCAUUCUAGAGCAUCUUCAUUUGGUCAGGUUCAUCAACAAAAGAGAGCGAAAUUGCAGCAUGUUAAUAACAAUGAAGCGAAAUUCCCUCCCAAAUGACUCUCCCUCUUCCAUGCCAUGGAUAUGUCAAUAGUUGGUAAAUAGGCGAUGGUGGCUGCUCUAGGUAAUUCGAAAGAUUACACAAUGAAGCAGUAUGUUGUGUUUGUGGAUAAGUUGCAGGCAAAAUAGUGAAUAAGAGUGACUUUGAUGCUUAUAAACCUCUUAUUUCUUGUGAUCUUGAUGUGCUAUGCUAUAAUUUGACUGAACUAUUAGGAAUUAGGGUCCUUG